AUGCCCCAUCACUACGAUCGUUUUACACCUGUUCGCCACCGUGUUGGUGGUUGGCUUCCCACUGAUCAACGUGUCCUCGAAGCCUGGCUUGAGAAGAAAAUCAAGGCUGUUCAGCACCGUCGGCAAGACAAAGUCGAGUGGGAUCCCGUCAUCCAAGAGUUCCAGCACCUUAUCGAGAACAACGCAGAGAUAUACAUGGCGUUCCAUGAAAUGUUCGAGCAGGUUCCUACCAAGCCUCCAUACAACAAUGAUCCAACUGGCAAGCCCCAGGUGCGGGACUAUAUUUUGAUGUUGGAUCUUUUCAACUUGAUUAUUGGAGAAGCUCCUCAAUAUGAGGACAACGAUCUGGUCGGCUUCCCGAUCAACGCCAUCCUGGAUUGGCCCAUGGGAACCCCAGCCGGAUUCAGAGCAUUCACCGACCCCAAAGUUAACGCUAUGUUUCACAAGAUGUUUAAAGUAUGGUCAACCUAUCUUGGUACUACCGAAUCAGCAGGGGUGUUGAAUAGUAACCCGGGGGGGUGGCUCAGUCCAGAUGCCUUGGAGAAAAUGCCAGACUUUGUGAACACGUAUGUUUGCGAUCCAUUCUUACCUCACUGGGGAUUCCAGUCCUGGGACGACUUCUUCACCCGCCUGUUCAGACCUGGCAUACGUCCCGUCGAAGCUCCCGACGAUGAUUCUAUUGUCAACAGUGCAUGCGAGUCUAACCUAUACAAGACCGCGACCAACAUUCAGAAGCACGACAAAUUCUGGCUCAAAUGCGAACCAUACUCGCUAUUUCACAUGCUCAACAACGACGAGUACGCAGAACAGUUUGUCGGCGGAUCGAUUUGGCAAGCCUUCUUAAGCGCUACCAAUUAUCAUCGAUGGGCUAGCCCUGUUAACGGCAAGAUUGUGAAGACGGUCAACAUAGAAGGUACUUACUACGCCGAGUCACCAGCCACUGGCUUCCUCGGCGAAGGUGACCCGGACCCAGCUGGUCCAAAUGAGUCGCAAUCAUUCAUCACCGCCAUUGCUGCUCGAGCUCUUGUCUUUAUCGAAGCCGACAACAAGAACAUAGGGCUUAUGUGCUUCGUCGCGGUUGGUAUGGCGGAGGUUUCCACCUGCGAAGUAACUGUAAAGCGUGGCGACACGGUGAAGAAGGGUGAUCAGCUUGGAAUGUUCCACUUUGGAGGAUCCACCCAUUGCCUUAUCUUCCGACCCCAGACUAACAUCCAAUUCCGCAAAAACUUCAAGCUUCAGGAUCCAGUUAAUUUGAACAUUGCUAUCGCGGAUGUCCCGCCUCAGUGA